UCAUGUGCGAACUAUUAGUUCCGAUUCAGGGCGCAGAAAAACCAAUUUAUUUCUGAGAUGAACGUGGAUUGUUGCAAUGAAAUAGUGACAAAUAGUGUUUACAUUGUUUUUAUAAUUUAUUUUAAAAUUCUUUUUUAGUCCCUUGCAAUAGUAUAGUUUACGACAAUUUCGAUUGGAAACGUUAAAAAAAAAAUUUAAUAAUGUAUUAUGUACCACAUAAGUUUCGUCAAGUUUGUCGAUUGUGUCUCACAUUGGUCAGUGAAUGCGAUAUCGCAGAGCUACAAAUAUACGAUUUUACACCAACACAAGCUCAGUCCAAUGAAGAUGAGAUUGCCACUACGACCAACGCCAAUGCAAAUAACGUUCAAGCUGAAUGUUCCUGUAAAAUUCUCAACUUUACGAAAGGCGAAGGACCAUGUCGAUGUGUUAACUCGACCUUAGCAACAGCACCUCUAAACGAUAUUGAAAUGGAUGUUGACAAGUCCCCUUGCAGGUCACAAUGCACAUCUAAUGACCCUUCUACUAGCACUAUUGCAUCAACAGUUACACAGUGCAAUGAUGAAGGGAAUAUAAAAUACUCCCAGCUUCAGUCAUUUCAAAAUAAAAACACUUCGACGUCAAAACCGGUGGAAUCAGCGGCGUCCGUAUAUAAAUUGCAUUCGCUCUUGCCUUUGCAUCAAACAGUAGAAAGUGAAAAGGCUGAUAUUACAAAAGCAAGCGCAAUUCCAAUCUUACAUCAGUCUAAUUUUGUUGAUGAUAAACAUUCAAUUGGGGAAAAAAAAUAUUGUAAAAAUGGUGGGCUUAUAGGAAUGAAACAAAAACAAUUGCAAGAUGAUUCAUCGUCGCACAUUAUAAUUCAGAUAUUCAACUGCCUCUCUAUUAAGCCAUUUCCUAGUGAUGGAUUUCCCAACGUUAUUUGCCAUGACUGCAGGAUGAAACUUGAGUCAUUUUCGAAAUUCCGGAAUAUGGCCCAUAAUUCACACAAGGCUUUGCGAGAGUUUUUGGUGAUGUCUCAAUCUUUAGAACUGGUUAGUGAAAAUAAUUUAUCUUUUACAACUAUACAUACCGACCAAGCUCUCUCGAUCCUCACCAGCAACAGCUACAAGAACAACUUGUACAACAUCGACGCGAGCGUCGUCUCUCUGUCCGCCGACAGACAAUUAAGCCGUCAGCUAUUUGACAACCACAACAACGACGGCAGCAACAAAAACUACUAUGCCGACAGCAACUACUAUAACGUCUUGAGAAGUAUUGACCAGCCUCAAGCCGACAACGUUUAG